UUUCUUUCUUCCCAUGGCGUUGUGUUUCUCCUCUCUUCCUGCCCCUGCAGGGUCUCCAUCCCCCUCUCCUCGGCUAAUUUAACACCUCUCUCUCUCUCUCUGUUUCUCUUUCUCUCUCUCUCUCUCUUUCUCUCGCCGCCUGCCGCUUGCUCGUGCCAAGCCCAGGUGAUUAUCCAUCCGCCCCCCGUUAUCCGUUACCCCCCUCCCCUCCUCUCCUCCCCCCCUCCUCUCCUCCUCUUCUCCUCCGUACCGACAGACCGACAAAUCCCUCCCGGUGCUCCUGUCUCCCCCCUCUCUCUCCCUCCCUCUCUCUCUCUCUCUCUCUCUCCGUCUCCUUCCCCGCCAGCCAUGAUCCGUGGCGGGCUAAUUCCCAGACGGUCUUUCUCUUCUUCAUCCUCCUCUUUUCCUCCUCCUCUUCCUCCUUGUGGGCUCGAGCCAAACGUGUCGACCACGCAGCACCGGCUGUGAGCGAGCGUGUGUGUGCGUGCGUGCGGGUGUGUGUGUGAGAGGUCAUGUCCGGCAUGACGAGCGGCGUGUGUGUGGAGAGCGACCUUUCCACGAUGCUCCAGAGAAGCUCCGCCCCCUCCCACCAUCACCCCAACCACCAUGGUUACGGCGGACAGGGACAGAUGUCGAGCCUGGCGCCGAUGCUGGACUAUGGCUCGGAGAUGGACCGGUACCGCUCGUCCAUCGCCAGCUUCUACAAGACCAACGUCAACAUGAACAUGAACGUGAACGUCACAAACUUCCCUCAGUCCUCCAAGCUGGCAGCGCGUCUGGCGGCCGCCGGCCCCAUCUUCCCUCCCGCCGCCGCCGCCAGGCUGGGCGCCAUGGCGACGGCACCCUGGGGUUGCCACGACAACAUGAACCACCACCCGGCGGCCGUGUUCUGGGGCCGGCCCAAACCUGCCCCGACGCACCCCCACCACCCCCACCACGCCGCGGCCGCCGCCGGACACAUGGCGCCCUCGCAUCACAGUACCAGCAUGCAACAGGGCGGCGGGGGACCGGGGGGUGGGGGAGGGGGCGGCGCUGAGGGGGGAGGGGCGGAGAAACUGGCACACAGCGCCUCCUCACUUCCUGUGGCGCAGGGAGCCGCGCACCAUCACCCCAACGGGAACUUCCUGCAGACGUACGGGGGCGCAGCGGACUGCGGUGGCAUGAGCAAACAGGGACACGCCCACGCGGACAUGAUGGGCCUAUCGGAGGCCGGCAGCUGCAACGGGGGAGGGGUGAUGGGCGGCGGCUUCCUGGGGGGGCUGGGAUUACCCCCAGGGGUCAUUGUCAUGGCGAUGGGGUCGGCCGACGCCGGCAGCGCCUUCCAGAUGACGGGCGGCCAGCGGGCGCUCACGGACUGCCAGCAGCACGCUAACUCCUCCCCCUGCCCGUCCGCCUCCUCGCCGUCGUCGGGGGUGACGGCCGCCGGGGGAGUGGCCCUAUCGUCCACGUCGUCGUCUUCGUCGGCGGGCGCGGUGGCCAAGCGGAAGAGGAAGCGGUGCGGUGUGUGCGGGCCGUGCAGGCGGCUCAUCAACUGUGGCGUGUGCUCGUCGUGCCGCAACAGGAAGACGGGUCACCAGAUCUGCAAGUUCAGGAAGUGUGAGGAGCUGAAGAAGAAGCCGGGGGGAGGAGGGGGGGUGCUGGAGCGGCCGCCCUCCGUCCCGACCGGCGAGGCGUUUCGUUGGUUCUUCUAGCCUCCCCCUCGGCCAAUAGGAAGUCACCGUCACAUCACGUACUGACAAUUAACCCAUUCUGGACUACAACAUCUGGAUUUUAAAACCAGAUGUUUUGCAACAGGAUUACUCGCUUUCAUACACACUGUGUUGACGGCUCUUUUAAAAAGACUACAAAUCCCACCUCAACUGGAACAGGGAAAGCAAGCUGGGAGGACGGAGGUGGAGGGAGGCAGUUUGGGUCACAGGCGACAGGAAUCGGCCAAUCAGAAUUUGGUGCGAUGAUGUCACAGUUGCACGUUUUUCCCUGAAGUUGUUGUUUUGCAGGUAAAUAUAGGGUUAAAUAUUAGGGUUAAGGAAAACAUAUUCUGCAAUUAAAAUACAUCUUUCGUUUCAGCAAUCUAAUCCGCGAAAAAUGGGUUUAACGAGCCUACAGAUGUUCCUUCAGAUGUUCCUACAGAAAGUCCCACAUUUGUACAGAUAGCCUAGCAACAUUUGACCCAGAAUGGAGCACGUUG